AUGGUGGAUGGAACUUAUGCUAUCACGGGGCUUCCCAGACCCGCGGAUGCCGUCACCAAGACCAAGAAGAUCCCCUACGUCACCAACCUGCCCCUGCGCUACGAGAUCUCUGCCUUUGCGAGUUCCAAGGACAAAGAGACUCGCAAGCAGUGGACCCUUUACGUCCUAGCCUUGGAGAGGUUCAAGACCAAGCCCGUCGAUGAGAAGCUUUCCUACUUUCAGGUCGCUGGUAUUCACGGAUACCCAGAGACUGUUUGGGACAAUGCUCCACCACCGAGGCCGGAUCCCGUCGGCGAGCAGCCCCCUGGAGCUCAGCCGUUUGGAGGGUACUGUAACCACAACGGUAUCAACUUUCCAAACUGGCACCGGCCGUACAUGUUGCUCUUCGAGCAAUGCAUCUGGAACAACAUGAAGGAUGUCAUCAAGCACUGGCAGGAUAAGCAUAAGCUCCCCGACUCCGAGGCGCAGGUUUGGUACGCAGCAGCCGAGAAGUGGCGCCUACCAUACUGGGACUGGGCUAGGAAGCAGACCUACACCCAGGACUUUGCUUAUCCCGAGGUUCUGACGCAGGGGACUGUCCGUAUCUACCCCCCGGCCGCGGUGAAGGAGUACUACCCUCCGAAUGGGAGCUACGCGAACCCUUUGUGGGGCUUUGAUAACCCCGAGCUGGACGCAGAUGGCGAUCCCCUUCCUUUUGGUCAGAUGCCGGAGGGCAAGACAAAGUGGAACAUCAACGACGACCCGGUUGAGCACGUAAAGGAACUCCCAGAUCCCGAGAACCCCAAGAAAACAGAUUGGAUCCCCUGGAGCCAGGCUACAGGUGUCAGCCGAUACGGCAUCUUCGUGAACAACGAAAAGACAGGCUUCAGGGGUCUGGAUGGUAUCAACAAUCCGUGGACAGCCAACACCUUCCUUUCAAGUGUUAAUCUCCUGAAAUCCGAUGACCCAACCAUCAGGUUGAAACAGAACCCAGGAAAUCUGGCGGACUCCGUCAAUCGCAUGUUUUGCCCAGAGUAUAACUCGACAUGGGGACAGUUCGCCUCCACCAAAUGGAGGAAUGAAGGCCACACUAACUCUACGGGCUAUAUGUCCCUGGAGUACAUUCACAACAACGUCCAUAACCUCACUGGAGGCAGCGCUUACAAAACUGGAGUCGGCCACAUGAGUGACGUGCCCGUUGCGGCCUUUGAUCCCAUUUUCUGGCUUCAUCACUGUCAAAUCGACCGUCUGUUGGCCAUCUGGCAAUCCCUGUACUGGGAUCUUUGGUUUGACCAGGAGGAGCCUCCGACCAACCCUGGUGCCAAGUAUCCCAACGUGGAAGAUGACAAGAAAACCGACUUCUUGCAGCCGUUCCACAACAAGACAGACGGAGACCCCGCGAAGGACGUCUGGACUGCUGAGUUGUGCCGCAACUGGACUGAUCUGGGCUACCAGUAUGACGAUCUGAUGAAGUUGUCCCAGAACGCUCUCGCGCCUGACGGAACACUUGACGAACAGAAGUUCAUCAGUGACUUACAAGUCUACAUCAACGCGACAUACCCCAGCACCGCGCACCUCGUCAACGCCAUCCGCGAAGCCCCGAAGGUUGAAACACCUGAGGGUCUCGCGCCCGAUGAUGCCGAUGAGAAGAGCAAGUCGUGGAAGGACUACAUCAUCAACGUCCUCUAUGACCGGUACGCUUUGAACGGCCGCUCCUACACCAUCGAGUUCUACCUCGGUGGACCUGAGAACCAGCCCAAGACGCACUACGAGCCCCAGAACCUGGUCGGCCGUAUCUACACUUUCGGCGGCGGCGUGCGCAGCUCCGAAGCGGGGUGCAGCAACUGCAAGAAACAGUCCGACGCAGGCGUCAUGUCGUGCGGCCAAGUGCCCCUGACGAUCGAGCUUCUGCACCACGCGCUGGACCACGUCCACGACCACCCCAUCGCCAACUUCAACGAGGUCGAGGACUACCUGAAGCUGCACCUGCGAUGGCGGUUCGUCCAGUCCGGAGGCGCCGUCCUGGAUGCGUCCAACUUCCCCAACACGGAGAUUUCGGUGCUGCGCGGCGUCGGUCGCCCGCGCCAGGUCAAGAAGACGGCGGCUCCUGAGGGUGGUGUGCGGUAUUUCGCCAUGGAGGCCUUGUCCCUGGAGGCCAACGCUGCAGCACCCACGCUCCCGCCUGUUUACAGUGAUUACGAGGCGCUCCCGGAGAUCACUCAAGGCAAGCCAGGCGGUGCGCCGAUUCCAUCUUAG